AACGUCCUGCUGCACCUGGGGCCGCAGGCCGUUCCGGAGGCCAGCCCAGCUCCACCUGCGGCCCAGCGCUGGUUAGAAAAGCAAGGAGAAGGAGCAGCUUCAGGGCGUGGGUGGGAGAGGGGACAAAGUGGCCCCCUUGUCUGCGCAGGCGGGUACCUCUGCUCCGUCGUGACGCACAGGCUGACGGACAAGCAGCUGAGGCACCUCAGCACGAAGACGACAGCGCUGGUGGUCACUGCCUCCAUCCCGGGCAGCGCCUUCUCCGGAGAGCAGGUCGGGGCCGAGGUGCCCUUCAGCCCAGGGCUUUAUGCCGACCAGGCUGGAAUCCUUUUGAGCAACCAGCACACCAGCUCUGAGGUCAAGGUCUUUGGUGCCGUGGAGAUUCUGGAGAACCUGGAGGUGAAAUCGGGGUCCCCGGCUGUGCUGGCCUUCGUGAAGGAGAAGUCUUUGGGGCUUCCCAGCUUCCUCACCUACACAGUCAGUGUCUCAGAUCCCGCGGCCGGCAGCCAGGGGCCUCUGUCCACCGCCCUGACCUUCUCCAGCCCCAUGACUAACCAAGCCCUCACCAUCCCGGUCACCGUGGCCUUUGUGAUGGAUCGCCGAGGGCCCAGGCCUU